AUGGACACUUACCUCUACCACACGACGGUCCCGACUCAACCUCCACACAAACCGGCCACCGCUAGCCGCGGUUCGCAGCGUUGUCAACGACGACACUCGCCACCGGAGCCAUCGCCGGCCACAACACCAGGUUCCCCUUGUUCUUCUUCUCUUCGCGCGCGACAGAAAAGCGCUCCCAUUCAUCGCCGGCCACCGCUUCCACCGAAACCAGCCACUACGCCACCACCUCUUCCAGUCUUGGCGUUGACGGCAACCCCAAGCGCCACCGGAACCGUCUCCAACCGUGGCGCCAUUGAUGCCUCCGAUGCCACACCGCUGCGUCCUAUAGCUGGACCAGAGACAUCACUGGCGGCAAACGCUAAUGUUGGAAACGCCUUCGCUACUCACAGUUCCCUUUUCACGCCUGGGAUAGAAACGCCGCCACCGGCACCCCCCCUUGUUCGACCCUAA